UCAACGCGUCGCGUUAAAAGAUACACGCGAUUCUCAUCAGAUUGGCGUCGAUCCUCCACCCACACACUCUAGCACUUAUCGCUGUCUGCCGUGACACCACUGUUUGCGAUAAGAGAGCUGUCGCGACAAUUCGGGACACUGCUCCAGCAAGUUACGAGUUACGAGAUACAUUGAUACAUCCAUCACAGGUCACCUGUUUGGUUGCUGGGUCUUACCUGAAUAUUUCCCACCGCCUAGCGAUUCAACAGCCGGCACUACUCUGAUACCUACCCCGGGAAUCCUGUCAUGCCUGUCCCAUAUUAAUUUGCGAAUAUAGUACGGGACCCUGCCUGACUUCGGAUGCGACAGAAAACCCCAUGGCCAACAACAAUUUUUGCCCAGAUGGUAGUUGAGAGUAGCAUGUUUUGGCAAAGAUGCCUCCUUACUACGACACCAGCCCGCAAGCCCAAUGGCCACCACAAUCUCCCCACGAUGUGCUAGCUAGUACCCCCGGCGGGCGCGAACGCUUGCGCCGCCUGGCAGAGCGCACCUCACCGUCGCCUUCUCCGCUCAAGAAGUCUCGCCCUGCUUCUGCGCUCGUGUCUCGCUCUAGAAAUUCGCAGGGAAUAGACCUAGACGACGACGAUGUGGACAUGGACGAGGAGGACGACGAGGAGACGCUGCAGUUGAAAUUGCAGGCAAUUGAGGCCAAGCUCAAACUCAAAAGUCUGCAAAAGAAGCAGAAGAAAGUGGCCCAUUCCGCGUCCGAUGUGGAAAAUGGUUAUACACGGUCGAGUAUAAGGCCUGAUAUGAGGCCGAAUAUAAGAUCGAGAUCUAUACCGGAUGUUCUGGCUGCGAGCAGAGCCCAGUCGCGCGCCGCAAUCCUGAGGGAAGGACCAGACUUGCGGCCGCAGUCGCAGGCUGAAGUCCAAGUGCCAGCAUCACCAGUACGGAGGCACACAACAGCACAUGAGCAGAGAUCGCCCAGCAGAGUAUUAUUGGGCAUUGACAAGGGAUUGAGGGCCAAGGAUGUGUCUCUGAAGCGAGCUUCGAGUAUGCGCAAGCCGCACGAGACCCAAAACGGCCAAGGGGGCUAUCUCCGACGAGCUCAUACGCCUGGUUCCAGCCAGGAAAGCCAAGAGCGGCCCAUGAGCUUCAGUGAGAAGUUGGCGGCAGCAAGAUCGGAAGAGACAAGUCGCAGGGAUAGGCAGGCGAGAAUUAAUCAGAUUCGAAGCAAGACUUUCGACGUCAAGCAGGACGACGUUGAGCGAUUUAAGGCCCGAGCGACAGAAUUACCCGAUAUUCCCUCACAAUCAGACCCAUUCAGCCGCGACGAGGUCAUGGCAGGCGGCGCACUACAACGAAACAACACAGUACCCAGCAUACGAGUCAGAGCAACGCAGCUCCCAGAGUCGGCUUCGAUGACGACGCCGACAGAAGCAGAAACGAUACCAAAACCAGUUCGCAAGCAGCAGGUGGCACCGGCAGAUGUGCCAGAGGAUGAAGCAACCUCCUUUGAGCCCUUCUCGACCACUCAUCUCGCAAAACGCAUACUCCCACAUAGUGUUUUGACCCGCACAUUUUCUGGAAAGAAAACAUACAUAAUCAAGGACCUACUCUCGUCUGUCAAAGCUCCUAAUUUCGAACUUCCGGAGGUCGAACAAGACAUUGUCGUGCUCGGCAUCCUUGCGUCGAAAUCCGAACCCAAGUCCCACCAACCCGUAACAAAUCCCAAGCUGCGCGAGAAGAAAGGCCGCUUCGACAAUGACGAUGACCAAAGGGGAAAGUACAUGGUGCUCAAGAUCGUGGAUUUGCAGUACGAGCUCGAGCUCUUCCUCUUCAAUACUGCUUUCGACCGGUACUGGAAGCUCACACCAGGGACACUGAUCGCUAUCUUGAACCCAACCGUCAUGCCGCCGCCAAAAGGCCGCGAGCACACGGGCCGCUUCAGUCUCGUGCUCAACUCAGACGGCGACUCGGUCCUCGAAAUCGGCACAGCACGCGAUCUCGGCUUUUGCAAGAGCAUCAAGAAAGAUGGCGCCCUGUGCAAUUCCUGGGUAAACAAGAAGCGCACCGAAUUCUGCGAAUUCCAUAUGAACACCGCCCUCGACCGGAAACGUCUGGCCCGGCAAGAGAUCAACUCGGGUAGCGGCAUCGGUCCCCGCGACAAGAACUCGCGCGAGAGGUGGAUCCCAGAUAAGAAGAAGGAAGAAGAGCACAAGAAAAGAGGCAACUACGACGCCUACACGCACAGCCACUUCUUCGUCUCCCAAGCCAGCACCGCCAGCCUGCUCGACUCCCAUACGCUCCCGGGCCAGAUGAGCGAGCGCGUUGAGCGCAAGGACGCGCUGAGGCGGCGGCUCGCCACCGAGGAGAAGGAGCGCGAUAUCAUGAAGCAGCUCGGCAAUACGGGAAGGGGCGCGGGGCGUGACUAUAUGCGGCAGAAACUAGGAUCUAGCAUGUCCUCAGCCGCGGACAGCUCGGCCACUACCGUCGACGAACGGCCGCAGCCCGACGCCAAAAGUCUGGGGCUGCUCCAGGGGAGGGGGACUAAGAUCCACCUCAGUCCCGUGAAGAGGAAGCGGGUCAACUCGGCCUUUAACUCGGUGUCGAGUAAUGCUUCUUCGUCGUUCCCGGGAGCGAAUAAUGCAAACAACAAUGACAACAAUAAAAACAACAACAAGUCCGGCUUCGGAUGGGGCAACCCGCUCAAAGACAAGCUGACGAGGAUGAAGGAGGGCGAAAAAUUGGAUGGAUCUGCUGCUCCUUCUACUAUGCAGACCUCGUUCAGGGAUAAAACGAAAGACAAAGUGGAACAACCGGCGCGGAAGAAGACGCGGUUCGUGACGGCGAAGGGGAUUCGCGAGGCGGGGAGGGAGAGUUUGGGUGGAGAGCUGUGCAAGGGGGAUCGCAUGGUCGAUUUGGAUGAUGAUGAUGAGCUUGUCAUUUUGAGGUAAUCUCUGCCUAGGCCUCUAAGAUUCAGACGACGGUUGGUCCAUCAAGGCGCGUGGUCGUCUUUUUUGGCGGUUUUUAUGACGCAUUACGAAUUUUGCUGGUGGGGAGUUGAAGGGAAAUCAACUCUCGGCUGAGCCCCGACUUUGUUUGUAUUACGGUAUGGAAGGCAAGGGAGGGGCAUUGUGACGACGCAGAAUCGGAAUAGCAUGCAUGUAUCGAACUUCAUUUGUUUAAAGACUUGUUGUAUCGUACUGGGCUCGUGUGCAGUAUUGCUUCCACCGAGGAUGUUUCUGCUCGUAAACAUGCUCAACUCUCUGGAUGAUACGUACGGAGUUAACCACUUUUAAGUAUUCGAUUAUUUCCAGGCAGUAUCAAUGAGCUAUACGAUAUGGACCGCCG